UAGUCAGAGUUUCAGGCCCGCUCGUUCUCAGAUAAGAAAGGUUGCGAGAGGUGCGCUAACUUCAGCAGUGGGUGGAUAAGAGGGAGGAUGCCGACGGUGUCGUCUCCAAACCCCCACCACACCUUCCUCCAUCCAAUCCACCACCGCCGCCGGGCCCUCCUCCUCCUAACCCUCGCCGCCCCCUUCGUCCUCCACCGCCGCCCGCUCUCCGCCGGCGCGCGCGGUCUCUUCCGCAUGCCUCCGGCCCGGCUCGCCAAUCGGUACUUCUUGGUGCGGGCGGGGGAGUCGGAGUACGAGAGUGCAGGGGUCGUGCGGACGAACCCGGUGGCCAAGACCGCCGUCGACAGCGGCCUUUCGCCGGAGGGCGCGAGGCAGGCCGCGAGAGCCGCGCUCGAGCUCAAGAAGAUCGGAGCGUGCGACGAUAGCUGCUGGAUCUGGCCUUCCAUCACCCAGAGAUCUUAUCAAGCGGCCGAGAUCAUCGCCUCCGUCAACGGCGUGGAUAGGAGCCACAUAGUUCCGGAGUACAGUUUUUUGGAUGCCCGGGGUCUGGGGGCUUUCGAAGGAAGGAGUUUAGGUUCUAUAGCGGAGGUGUAUGAAUCGGAUAGUAUUUCUCCAAAUAUUAAGCCACCUCCAAUUGAUGAUGGAACGCCAAAUGAGAGUGUGGAAGAUGUAUUUGUUCGGGUGACACAACUUAUGUCUAUAUUAGAGACCCAAUAUUCUGGAGAUACUGUAAUUAUUGUUUCACCAGAUUCAGAUAAUUUAACAGUUCUGCAAGCUGGCUUAGUAGGACUCGACCUUCGCAGGCAUAGCGAUCUGUUGUUUGGUCCUGGUGAGGUCAGGCUUGUUGAUCCCGAUAGCAUACCCGAUUACAAGCAACCGGCAUCUGCUGUUUAUAAAUGUACAAACCCACCAAGUUGCAAAUAAUUAUUUAUUGUCAUUGUAAGAUUGGAAACGCAACCUGUACUUCGUUUGCUUUUGUAUCUUUUUAUGAGCCCAAACUCUACAGCUGCUUUGAUUUCUUACCCUGCUGAUCUGGCAAAGCUAGUUUGAUCCUAUGACUGUCUUGUUAGUUGGGUUUGAUUCCACACCUACUUAAGUUCCACAUAUGACCGAAUUGUAACACUAAUUGCUUGAGACGAGAGGAUAUCUUUUUAUCGUUAAUGUUACCAGUGAUUCAGAUUA